AUGACUGCUAGCGCUCAAUUCCAGCUCUUCCCCUCACCAGCAAAGAACAAAAAGAAUCCAUUCCAGAAUAUGUCUAGCAGAGAAAAACCAAAAGACAACUCCCCGGUCAGUCCUGUGUCUUCGACGGCCUCCAAAGCAGGCAUCAAGACAGAGUCAGUGAUCAUUCAAAUCAUCGAGGACACGAAUACAGACGCCGUCCAACAACAGCCAAAACACUAUGCUGCCGGGGUUGCUGGAAACUCGCCAGAGAAUAUGCGCACACAGGACAUUGAGGUGAUGAGACAAGAUGAGCGACCAGACUCUGCAUUUUCACAUGACGAUUCAAGGCUACACCCCAGCAAUGAGCGGCUGCCUCGCAACAGGUCGCCUAUUUCUCCUGGACAGCCUAUUCGAUCCAUGUUCCCACAGUACAAUCCCAACGUACCGCUAAAUGAACAGCAAUAUUUCCCACAGAACGGGAAUCUGAACAGUACUACCCAGCCAAGUGGUAGCUCGUCAACUGCAGCAAGGCUCCCACCAGCGGAUGUCGAUGUUCUGUUGGGGCCGAAAACCGUGCCGGCGAGCGUGCUCAAUUUCCCUUCCGACGAGCUCAGUCCGCGAGUACAGUACUCGACCGCAGAGGACUUGCUUACAUUAUGGGAAUCUGCAAACGGACAGGAACUGCAAGAGUCACUAGGAACUUUCAACAUGCGCGUCGAGAGAACCGACACUGCUACUUUCACCUUUGGCGAUCCUCUCUUGCCAUUCUACACUCUACAAGCAAGCCCUAAUGGACUCUCUAUUAUGAGAAACCACCCGCUCAAGUCAAACAGGGGUGUGCAUGUCAUGUCACUUUUAUUCGAAGACCCCGCUCGUCGGCAGCCGCCUCAUGAUGGGUUGGUCACUGUCAUUUUCUCCAAGCUUGCUUCUAUGCUUGCAGUGGAGCAGGCAAAAGAGCUCACACGACAACACCGUCUUGCCCCAUCAGAGGCUGUUGAAGUCGAAACACACGCAGUCAACCGCGCUGCAGCCCAAGAGUCCUGUCGCUUGAUCUGGAACGCCAACCAGAACCGCUACGAGUUGCAACAUCCGUCACUCCUCAAACAACACUCUCCAUUCCUAGUUGGUGAAGAUGGGAAUCCCCUCUCGCGCGUCCAGACCAUGAAACCAGGUAUCCUGCAUAUCUCUGUAUCCCCGUCGCCCGACAGCGAUAGCGUCCAACCACCCACUAUUGUCGUCACAAGCCCAACUCCACCCAACAGCGUGCGAGCCGCCGACACUGCAGCGACCCCUCGCACGUCAACCCUACCCCAGCCAGACCAUGACGAGCUUCUGGCCUGGUUCGAUCUCGGCACAAUGAGUCUGUCCAUAUGUGCCGGAUUAACCACGGCGAUCAUCCCAUCGCUCUACGCCAUCGACUCACUGGUCGCAGCCAUUCUAACUGUUGCAGUCACCGAUCCAGCCACAAACCCAAUCCUCGCCAACGCAGACCUUUACGUUCCAAGCCUGGGCACCCCGCGAACACCCGGAAAUACGAAUCGAAAGACUCGUCUACGCAACUCCCUCGCAUCAACUGCACAGAAAACUCAAGCAACAUUUAGCGGGAAGCUAUUCGCUACGCUGGCCGAACGCGAAGAAGCAGAAGAGGAAGCCAAAUUAAUGGCCCAGAUCCGCACCACGGAAGCAAAGGAGAGGUCCAAGAAGAAGAAAAAGGAGAAGAGUAAAGGCGGGUUCUCUCUUUUCCGGAAAAAGGAUAAAGCGAAAUCGAAGCAAAUCGUGGUUGAGGAAUUCGAUCUUGAGAAAUACAGCCAGUUUGGUAGAGGGUCUACUAGGGAGGGAGAACAGCUUCCAGGAACCGCUAGGGCGUUGGUUAGCAUGUUGGUUUUUGGAUUACAGUUGGUAGUGACUAUCUUGUCGGCAGGAGUCAAGUGUGCGGUUUGGAUGGUGGUGAAUGUGACGAGAUGCGUUACGAGUGAGAAAUUCUGA